AUGCAGAACCAACCUUUAGAAGGCGAGGCGGCCCCGGCGCAAUCCCAGACUCUGGGCGCCGAGGCAGUCCCGAUACAGGACCGCCCCUCGGAAGGCGAGGCGACCCCGAUCCAAUUCCAGUCUUUGGGAGCGCUGCACAACGAGCAAUCCAUCGAGAAUCUUCGAGAUGCAGGGUCCAUCACCUCAUCCACUGGCAGCAGCACCGAAGAAGGCGUGCCUAUGCGACGAGUGCAAAGCCAGGCCUACAUCGAAGAUCUUGACCGAGACGAGCUGCGGAGGAUCGCAACGGUGCUCUCGACUCGACGCUUCAGCGUGGCCGGCACAGAGACGGAUGCCCCGCCGCGGUACAGCAGCUUCAGCCACGAUGACCCCACGCUCCAGCCCGAUAACAAGGACUUUGACAUGUCUCGAUGGCUUCGAAUGUUCAUCCAGCGCAUGAGCUCCGAGGGCAUCAGCCCUUCUCGCACCGGUGUCAUGUGGAAGAAUCUCACCGUCUCCGGUACCGAUGCUGCUUUGCUACACCAAGACACCGUCUUCUCCUACUUCACCUCCAUCUUUCGACCCAGCGAACUAUUUUCGUUCAACAAGAAACCCAAGAGAAUUUUGAACAGUUUCGACGGCCUCAUCGAAAGUGGCGAGUUGCUCAUCGUUCUCGGUCGCCCCGGCUCCGGAUGCACCACCAUGCUAAAGACUCUGUGCGGCCAGCUCCAUGGUCUUCAAAUGGACAAGGCAUCCAGCAUCCACUACAAGGGUAUUCCCCAGAAGCAAAUGGUCAGGGAGUUCAAGGGAGAAGUCAUUUAUAACCAAGAGGUACGUGGACCGACAUUUCCCCAUCUUACUGUUGGGCAAACCCUCGAGUUCGCCGCAGCGGCGCGCAUGCCGUCCAACCGGAUUGAGGGUGUCAGCCGCAAUAAUGCAGUCAAAUACGUGGCAAAGGUUGUCAUGGCCAUUUGUGGUCUUAGUCACACCUAUUAUACCAAAGUCGGCGAUGAUUUCGUACGCGGCGUCUCUGGAGGAGAGAGGAAGCGUGUCAGUAUCGCUGAGAUGAUGUUAGCUGGGGCACCCUUCGGCGCUUGGGAUAACAGCACCCGAGGUCUUGAUUCAGCCACGGCCCUCAAGUUUGUGCAGUCCUUGAGAUUGUCCUGUGACGUGACUGGCAGAGCCGGCGCGGUUGCCAUCUACCAAGCCAGUCAAGCCAUCUACGACUUGUUUGACAAGGCGGUUGUCCUCUACGAGGGCCGGACCAUCUACUACGGGCCCGCAAAUGGCGCCAAGGGCUAUUUCGAGAGACAGGGCUGGUUCUGUCCUCAGCGCCAGACGGUUGGCGACUUCCUCACCUCGCUGACCAAUCCCCAGGAGCGCACGCCGAAAGAGGGCAUGGAGAGCCAGAUGCACGAGGCGGAGGAGCGGUACCCCACCGCAAAGCAUGGCGAGUACAUUUCGCAGAUGAGGGAGCACAAGGAGCAGAGGCAGGCGAAACAUGUCCGGCCCAAGUCGCCCUUCAUCAUCAGCAUCUGGAUGCAGAUUGGCCUCAACACCAAACGCGCGUACCAGCGCCUCUGGGGUGACAAGUCUGCCACUUUGACAUCAUUUGUGACGCAUACAAUUAUGGCUUUAAUCAUCGGUUCGGUUUACUACGGCACCCCCAGCUCCACCGCCAGCUUCUUCUCUCUGGGAGCCGUCCUCUUCAUGGCCGUGCUGCUUAAUGCGCUCAGCGCCAUUACGGAAAUCAACAGUUUGUAUAACCAACGAGCCAUUGUCGAGAAGCACGCGUCCUACGCAUUCUACCAUCCGGCGACGGAGGCCGUUGCGGGUAUCUUUGCCGAUAUACCAAUCAAGUUCGUCACGGCCGUCUUUUUCAACAUCGUCAUCUACUUCUUGGCCGGAUUACGUCGGGAACCGGGACCGUUUUUCCUCUUCUUCCUCAUCAGCUACAUCUCCACCUUUGUCAUGUCUGCCAUCUUCCGCACGAUUGCCGCCGUGACCAGAACCGUUUCCCAGGCCAUGGCCCUCGCCGGUAUCUGCGUCCUCGCACUCGUCAUCUACACCGGUUUCAUCAUUGCCGUGCCACAGAUGCACCCAUGGUUUAGCUGGAUCAGAUGGAUCAACCCGUUAUUCUACGCCUUUGAGUGCCUCAUCGCCAACGAGUUCCACAACCGCCAGUUUGCCUGCGCGAGCUUCAUCCCGGCCUACAGCCCCCGUAUUGGCACUUCUUGGAUCUGCAACGCUAUCGGCGCCGUCCCAGGAGAGUCCAUGGUGAGCGGCGACGCCUUCAUUGAAACACAGUACGGUUACAAAUACUCCCACGUAUGGCGCAACUUUGGUAUCUUGAUCGCGUUCAUGAUCUUCUUCAUGGCCAUCUACUUUAUCUGCACCGAAAUCAAUUCCACCACAUCCGCUUCCGCAGAAGUUCUCGUGUACCAGCGCGGAAAAGUGCCUGCUCACAUGGACCCCAAGACCGGUGCCAUGGACAAGGAUGUGACGGCUGGCAGAGCGGAAAGGGUGGAUGAGGCAGGCGCCGAUGUUCGAGCCAUUGAGCCGCAAAAGGAUGUCUUCACCUGGAAGAAUAUCGACUAUGACGUCGAGGUCAAGGAGGGCACUCGCAGGCUUCUCAGCCACGUCUCUGGAUGGGUCAAGCCUGGUACUUUGACCGCGCUCAUGGGCGUCAGCGGUGCGGGGAAAACGACGCUCCUGGAUGUUUUGGCUCAGAGGACCACGAUGGGCGUAGUAUACGGCGAUCGGUUUGUCAACGGAAAGCCUCUUGACGCUAGUUUCCAGCGAAAGACUGGCUACGUCCAGCAGCAAGAUUUGCACUUGGAAACUGCCACAGUCCGAGAGAGUUUGCAAUUCAGCGCCUUCCUCCGCCAACCCGGCCACGUCAGCAAGGCAGAGAAGUUCGCGUAUGUGGAGGAAGUGAUCAAGAUGCUCAACAUGACCGAUUUCGCCGAUGCCGUCGUCGGUGUGCCGGGCGAGGGCCUCAACGUUGAGCAACGGAAGCUCUUGACCAUUGGCGUGGAACUCGCGGCCAAGCCCAAGCUCCUGCUCUUCCUCGACGAACCCACCAGUGGUCUGGAUUCGCAAAGUUCCUGGGCGAUUUGCGCUUUGCUGCGCAAGCUCGCCGACGCCGGCCAGGCGAUUCUCUGCACGGUCCAUCAGCCGAGCGCCAUCCUCUUCCAGCAGUUUGACCGGCUUCUCUUCUUGGCGCGCGGCGGAAAGACUGUGUACUUUGGCGAUAUCGGCACCAACUCCCGCACGCUCCUCGACUAUUUCGAAUCCAACGGGGCCAGGGUGUGCACCGAUACGGAGAACCCGGCCGAGUACAUGCUCGAGGUGGUCAACAACGGAACCAACGACCAGGGCGUGGAAUGGGACCAAGUGUGGAACGCGAGCCCGGAACGGGGAGGCAUAGACGCCGAGAUUGAGCGCGUGCACGCGGAGAUGAUGGACGAGCCGGUGGCGAGCGAUGGCGGGGCGCGGGCGCACUCCGAGUUUGCGAUGCCGUUCCUUGCGCAGCUAUCCGCCGUGACGCUGCGAGUGUUUCAGCAGUACUGGAGGAUGCCGACCUACAUUUUUGCCAAGUUUUUCCUGGGCACUGUUGCGGGACUCUUUAUCGGAUUCACUUUCUUCCAGGCCAAGGGCACGCUGGCCGGGAUGCAAAACGUCCUCUUCGCCGUGUUCCAGGUCAUCACCAUUUUCUCCUCCCUUGUCCAGCAGAUCCAACCGCUCUUCAUCACUCAACGCUCGCUUUACGAGGUGCGAGAGCGACCUAGCAAAUCCUACUCGUGGAAGGCUUUCAUCAUCGCCAACGUGCUGGUGGAGAUUCCGUACCAAAUCUUUACCGGCAUCCUCAUCUAUGCCUCCUUCUAUUACGCCGUGGUGGGAAUCCAGAGCUCUGAGCGACAGGGCCUCGUGCUCCUCUUCUGCAUCCAGCUCCUCAUCUACGCCAGCUCCUUUGCCCAGAUGACGAUUGCCGCGCUCCAUGACGCGCAGACGGCGGGCGGCAUAGUCACGCUUCUCGUCAUGUUUAGCAUGGUCUUUUGCGGUGUGCUCCAGCCGCCCAACGCGCUUCCGGGAUUCUGGAUCUUCAUGUACCGCGCCUCGCCUUUCACCUACUGGACGGCGGGCAUGGUGGCGACGCAGCUACACGACCGCCCCGUGGAUUGUUCGACGAGCGAGACGUCCAUCUUUAGCCCGCCGUCGGGCCAGACCUGCGGCGAGUACAUGCAGCCCUACCUCACGCAAGCGCCGGGGCGGUUGCAGAACCCGCAGGCAACGCAGGACUGCCAGUAUUGCUCGCUCAGGGUGGCGGAUCAGUACCUGGCGGGAAGCAACAUCUACUGGAGCGAGAGGUGGCGCAACUUUGGAAUCGUGUGGGCGUACGUGGUGUUCAACAUAUUUGUGGCCGUCGUGACGUACUACAUGUUUAGGGUCAAGUCGUGGAAGUUGGGCAGCAUCAGGUCGAAGAAGAAGAGGGAGAAGAAGGAUAUCAAGGAGAACAAAUUGCCUGAAAAGACCCACAACACGGAGAUGAACUAG